AUAAUCAGCCAUUUACGACUGUUGAAAAUAAACACUUUCGACAAAUGAUAAAGCUGUUAAAUCCAAAUACAACUAUUCCUGUAGGGGAUACGAUUAGAAAUGAUAUUAUAAAAAGUUUCGAAGAUGAAAGCAUAAAUAUAAAAUGCUUACUUCAAAAUAAGGAUCUUCAAUCAUUACAACUUGAUAUUCAUGAAUGGAAUAAAAUUAGAGAGGUUGUAACCAUUUUAGAAAUAUUUGUACGAACAACCAAAAUGAUUGAAUCAGCAAAAUAUCCAAUGCUCGCUUCUAUUAUACCAAUAUAUAAUUAUUUGAUCGAUGAACUCACAAAACAUCGCAAAUCCUAA